CCGGGCGCAAGCGGACUGAGCGCGGCGCGGGCGGGGAUGUGCGCCCUCUUGCAGCCCCCGCUCCCAGGCCUGGGAGCGGUGUGGCCCCAUGGCAGGUAGCGGCGGCCUGGGCGGCGGUGCAGGAGGCAGCCAGGGCGCCGGGGGCGGGCCCGGGGCCGCUCUUCGGGCGCCCCGUGCGCCUCUGCUGUUCGCCGCUCUGGUGCUCGGAGCCUACUGCCUUUGCGCCUUCCCCGGACGCUGCCCGCCGGCAGGCCGCAUCCCCGCGCCGGCCCCCGCGCCCGCCGAGCCGCUCCGCGCAGUCCUCAGCCCUGGGACGUCCGGCCUGCCAGUGGCCAGUGGCUCGGGCCGCCGGCGCUUCCCGCAGGCGCUUAUCGUGGGCGUGAAGAAGGGCGGAACGCGCGCCCUGCUGGAGUUUCUGCGGCUGCACCCCGACGUCCGCGCGCUCGGCUCGGAGCCCCACUUCUUCGACAGGUGCUACGAGCGCGGCCUCGCCUGGUACCGGAGCCUGAUGCCCCGCACCCUGGAUGGGCAGAUCACCAUGGAGAAGACCCCCAGCUAUUUCGUGACCCGCGAGGCCCCACGCCGCAUCCACGGCAUGUCCCCGGCCACGAAGCUGAUUGUGGUCGUGCGGAACCCUGUGACGCGGGCCAUCUCUGACUAUGCACAGAUGCUCUCCAAGACACCGGGCCUGCCCAGCUUCGGCACCCUGGCCUUCCGCCGAGGCCUGGGCCCCGUGGACACGGCCUGGAGUGCCGUGCGCAUCGGCCUGUACGCCCAGCACCUGGACAACUGGCUGCGUUACUUCCCACUGUCCCGCUUCCUCUUUGUCAGCGGCGAGCGCCUAGUCAGCGACCCAGCUGGGGAGCUGGGCCAUGUGCAGGACUUCCUGGGUCUCAAGCGGGUCGUCACAGACAAGCACUUCUACUUCAAUGCCACCAAGGGCUUCCCCUGCCUCAAGAAGGCCCAGGGCAGCGGCCGUCCCCGCUGCCUGGGCAAGUCCAAAGGCCGGCCCCACCCGCAUGUGCCCGAGGCCAUGGUCCAGCGCUUGCGGGCCUUCUACCGGCCCUUUAACCGCAAGUUCUACCAAAUGACCGGCAAGGACUUCGGCUGGGACUAAUGGGGCUGGGGAACCCACGCCCUGCCUGGGGACGCUCAGUGACCUUAAUUUAUGCCUGUCACCCAGCCGGAGCGGGCCCUGUACACAGGGCUGGGCAGAGAAAAAUAUUUACAAAAUAAAGUUUGGAUCUGUGUUCUUCUACGUGCCCUUGAGUAUUGGAGGGUGGGGUUGGA